CUGUUUCCAACUUGUCUUUUCUGUCAGAGAUCAUACAGACAUCCCCAGACGCAGCUAUUCAACACUUCGCUGAUUCGACAAUGGAAACAAAUCGAAGCUGACCUGCGGACGAACGCACGUAAGGUUUGACAAACAAAACAGGAUGUGAGAAACUGUCAACAGUCACGUGAGUUUUGACAAACAAAUCGUUGUGAGAAAGUCAACAGUCUGUCCCUCAUCCGCCGACAGCGCUCACCUAUCAGCGCUCACUUUUCGUCGCUCUCGUCCGUGCGGAGGGAGGAAGGGGAAUGAGGGAGGGAGGGAGGUAGAGGGAAGAAGUUUAUUGACGAGAGAGGAGGGAUGGGUGGGGGAUUCCGCAAGAGUUCCUCACCCGCUGCCGUUGCUGCUGCCGGCGGUUUAUUAGCGUGUUCAGGCUGGUGAUUAACUCACAUUCUUCUAACCUAGGAUAAGCCUGCACAAAAGCCACCUGAAAGUCACAUUUCACGGAAACCGUCUUGUCCUGCCGAGUCAUCAGUGCAGGUACUCGUGUUGGUGCCACACGUGGUGAAACUUGUUCACCGAGCUCAUCUGAGAUGUCCGCUCCCGGUAUGGACACCAGGUUUCUGUCCGGGGCCUACGCAGUACCGUCUCAACGCUCCACUGACUGUUUCUUCGACUGGGACCACCACACACCCUCAUCCUCGACCUUCCACAAUGGGGCGGCAGACACGAAAGGCAUGGAAGCCUGCGUUUUGGGCUCCACCUCCGGCCGUUUCCUCUUGGACGCGGGGAGAUUCGACCCUCUGCCCGAGCCUGUCAUGUGGAGGGACACCGUCGACAACGACUCACCCAGGCACGAUGCAGAGUCAUUCAGCAACGUGGGGGACAACUCCCCGCUAUCGGACGGUACCUGUGACGACAGGUCUGAGAGUGGCGGCCCCUGGCUGCACCCCAAGCUGCUCAAUGUGCGGGCACAGCUGGAGAAGAAGUCUCUGUGGGAUGCAUUUGAUGAGCUGGGCACAGAGAUGAUCGUCACAAGGACUGGCAGGUACAUGUUCCCAACAUUUGGAGUCCGGCUAUUCGGACUGGACCCUCAUUAUAAGUACUUAUUGAUGAUGGACUUUGUGCCGGUGGACGACUGGAAGUAUCGUUACUUGCUCCGCUCCAGAUCCUGGGUAGUGACCGGAGUAGCAGACCUCGACAUGCCGGGUAGAAUUCAUGUUCACCCGGACUCUCCAGCGACAGGUGCAGAGUGGAUGAAAAAUGUUGUCAGUUUUUCAAAGCUAAAACUGACAAACAAUCGGCUGGAUGACAACGGUUAUAUCAUUCUGAAUUCCAUGCGUAAGUACCAGCCUCGUUUCCACGUGGUCUGUGUCAACCCAAAGACAGAAGACGUUUCUCAGACGAAGAACUACCGGACUUUCAGCUUCAGGGAGUGUCAAUUCAUGGCCGUCACAGGUUAUCAUAACCAUAGAAUAACGCAGCUGAAGAUUGCGUCCAACCCAUUCGCCAGCGCCUUCAGGGACUGCGACCCCAACGACUGGCGAGUUGUCGCCUGGCGGUCGUGAGCUUCGUGGGGAUUCGGUGUGGAUCAGCCCAUUCCUUGCUCAAGUGACGCCACGUUUGUUGUCUUCCUUUUCUUCAAGUGACGAUGUUUGUUGUGAUCUUUGUUCUUGCAACGCCAUAUUUGUUUUCGUCCUUGUUAAAGCGACGCCAUGUUUGUGAAAAUCGUUUGUGCUGUGAACAUGUGACUUUGCUGGGCCAAAAUGAGUCAGUGGUCAGUGCUGCAAGACUGUUAUAACAUGGCAUGAAAGGGUGGGGAUAGGGCUGUAGUGUGGGUUGGCCCUUCUAUUCUAUUCGUAAGAAAAGUGGGCACGUAAACAAACUGACUGGCUGAAGGUGGACACCAAUUGGUUGUUGUGGUAUGUCAUGUGGUGUGACUGGCCAAUCAAAUGCAUGAAUGCCACGUGCCAGAUCUUUCGAUAUUGAGUUUGGAGCCAAACUGAAAGCUUUUUGCUAGAGACUCUUCGGGAGGUAACAUCGAAGUGAGUUCGCAGGUCGAGACCUCGCUACCUCGUGGUCAGCUAUGGCGCCUCAGACAGAAAACUUGGGGGAAUAGGGACGAGGACCAAGAAAGUUAUCAAAGCCCGCUCAGACGAACUUAAGCGUAAACGAAGAGUGACUUUUGACCCUGUGAACUACGACCGAUUCCUGGCAGCGUAGUGGGAGAAGUCGCUCUGGUCACAAGAGUCGCCGCUGAGUUCUACGUCAAGAAACUCCAGGCCUCUGGUGACGGUACUGAGGUGCACCAGGUGCACGGGGACGAUCCGUGUGAGAAUCCGUCCCAACCUUCGACAUCAUACAUCUCUCGUCGAGGAGUCGGACAACAGAAGACCGAAGUCAUCGAACACAAAUAUUUCUUCUGCGGCAUGUCGACAGGGCCCUCCACACAGCGAGAGACCAUCGUGCGAAAACACAAGUGACAGUUGUGGGUGUCCAUCAGAGACUUACACAUCACACGGCGAAGGCUUGGGUGAACUCAGUGGCAUGUGUAUGAGAAUUGUACGGAAUGAGUGAUUGUGCAGGGUUGUGAGCGUGGAAGUUAAGAAUAGAUUGACUCACUAGAUAUCUGGGUAAUUAGAUUAACGGGACAUCUAGAUAACUAGCCAUGAUAGGGAAUGAGAUCAUUUGCAAACUUGCCUGUUCUUUGUAUUUCCUUUAUCAUUUUGUAAUUUGUAUAAUCCUUUCGAUGAUUAAUAACUUUCUUUAAUAUA